CGCUCCUUCACUCCAAACGAUAUCUCAUUUCCAAAAAAACAACGUACGCACACAACCAUGGCCUACAACCCCCAUCCUCCUCGGGGUGGCCCCGCAGGAGCUCUGCCGAACAUGAAUAUGAACUUCAACCAGAUGCUCCAGCGCUCGAUGCAGGAGCAGGCUCAGCCAGAGCCGAUUGUCGAAGCACCAAGCAAUCCGCCACAAUCAAUUGGAUACGGCGGCGUAUACAAUGCUACACCUCCGCAACAAUCAUUCACGCCAAAUGUCCUCGGUGGUGCGAGAGAAACGCCUCAGCCGAUAUUACCAGUCGACCUACCACCGCAAGCGUUCCUGACGUCAUCCAUGCUGUUGGACAUGGUCGAUAAAAAGGUCGACGUCCUGCUCCGCGACGAAAAAGAAUACAUUGGCAUCCUACGUUCAUACGAUCAAUUUGCCAACCUUGUCCUCACCGAGUGCUGCGAGCGAAUAGCAGCUCGGAACCCCGAAGCCAGCGAUGACCCAACCAUUCCAAAAUGGUUGAUAGCUGAUGUCAAACUGCCAGGCCUCAUGACGGUGCGCGGCGAGAACGUCACCAUCUGUGCCACUGUAGACCUCGACCGCGAGGACGAACCCAAGGGCGUGAAGAUCUCGUCGGAAAAGGAAGUAAGAGCAUUGGCUGCGGCACAAAGACUUGAAAAGAAGGAUCGGGAUUCGCGAAAGGCAAAAGCAUUGAAGCAAGCCGGCAUUGAACCGGGGUUUGGAAUGCAAGGGUAGACGGCACAUUAUGGUCAUGACCAGAUAUGAAUGAUGAGCAUUU